CACAAAUAGAGAGAGGGGGGGGCAAUGCGGAGCAGCUGUAUCUAAGUUUAGCCUCCAUCAGGUCAUCGUGCAACGCUUACAUCCACGCGGAACAAUCUGACUUUGUGUGGCAAGGAUGGAAACGGCCAUGCAAAGAGGCGUGAUGCUUAUUUCUGUGUUCAAGUGGAAUGAACAUGCACACCCUUGGAUUCAUCUCUGAGGGCGGCGUGCAACUAUUCCGAGAUAAUAACCAUAAAUCACAGCCAAGUGGAAAUGGCAAUGAAACAAAGUCACUUUCAUGCGGAUGACAUGUUGUUGUUCCCGCAUCAGCAAGACGCUAGCGAAAACACACAGACGGCUCUGGGAGCUCCCCAUUAAUCAAAAGGCCAUAAACACGCUGAAACCUGAUAAAGGGACCUGAUCUCUGCACCAAAAUAAGCCUGCAGGCUUAGCAUCCCUUGUUGACCUCCUUGUUGCGACACUGGCGCCAAAAUGUGUUUGAUGCUUGACUCCUUUGAGCUAGUUGUUUCUAUUCCUGUCGCCAUGGCGAUGAGAGCGCCUAAGUGCCUUGGCCAGGGCGACCUUGGAUUCAGACGGGCAGCUGCAUCUACCAAUGAGUUCAUCCAUUGGGAUGGACACUAAAGGCUGCCAGACUGCCUCCCUCCCUCUGCGUGUGGUAUUUGGGCGAUACUCCCACCCGGGGCGCAAACCAAAGGGCAGCGGACAAAAAGCAAAGGCUCACAUUCAGGACAUCACAAAUCCAACAGGAGCCUGUUGGGAGGGUGUGUUCCUGAGGAGGUCAUCCGUUGAAUUUUUGACUCGCACUAUAAUAUCGAGAAUAAUAUCGAUGGACAGCUACUCCAUCCUCUACAGCUCGUCCCACAGAACGGAGCUGCUCGCUCGCUUCCAGCGUCUGCGCUCGGCCGGGAGGAUGUGCGACGUGGUGCUGGAGACCGGCGACGCCUCCUUCCCAUGCCACCGGGUACUCCUGGCCAGCUCCAGUGAGUAUUUCUGGGCCCUGUUCGGGGAGACUACGGCAGAGAGAUCAGCCGGCUGCGUCAGGCUCCCGGCUCUAACGCCCGUAGGCUUGGAUGUCAUCGUAGACUUCCUGUACUCAGGUUGGCUCAGAGUGUCGGCAGGCACGCUUCCUGAUGUUUUGGAGGCGGCGAGGUACCUGCAGGUGGACACGGCCGUUUCCAUAUGCGAACGCUUCAUUGUGGAUGAGCUCAGCAUGGAGAACUGUUGCCUCUAUUCUAACUUAGCAGAGCACCACAUGCUUCCAGAUGUGCUGGAAGCAGCUAACUACACCAUCGCCGCGGAGAUGGCCACUCUUCUGCGAGAAAGACGGGACCAUCUCCUGGGCUUGAACGUCCACUCGCUGAUGGCGGUGUUGGAUGCCGAAGAAAUUCCAGCGGUGAAGGAGGUGGAGCUGGUGGAGCUGGCACUGGAUUGGUUGGGUGAGAACGGGCCCCUCCCGCCGUUGCAAUCCAAUCAGUUGCUGAGCCGCUCGCGCUUUGGAUUGAUUGCUCCCGAGGACCUCGCACGCCUUAGCCAUGCCAGCAAAGCCAUGGGCACCCCUCUAAUCAGGAGCCAGGUGACAAGGGCGCUGGAGUACCACAGCGCCGGUUCGGCAAGGCCAAUUAGGCAAACCAAACAGUCGACGCUCAGGGCGGCCAGUCGUGUGUUACUUGUCGGCGGAGGCUCGAGUCCAGAUUGUCCGGAGCAGCAGGUGUUGAUGUUCGAUCCCCAAACCAGGACCUUUGCAUCCCUUACUUCCUGCCUUCCCCUGAUACUAAGGAACCAUUGUGUAUGCUCCUUGGGCGGCUUCCUCUUUGUGUUGGGCGGGGAAGCGGUGAGCCAGGUGGACGGGAAAACGGUUGCAGCAGAACCCUCCAACCAGGUGUGGAGGUACGACCCUCGUUUUGAGUCUUGGCAGCGGGUAGACGCCAUGUUGCAGAAGAGGACCAAAUUCGCCUGCUGCGCCACCGCCCAGGGCAUCUACGCCAUCGGGGGGCAACACACGCCCGCCGAUGCCGACGCACCCGCCACGCUGGCUUCCGUGGAGUUUUACGACUUAGACGCGGGGGCUUGGAGGAGGAGACCACCUAUGCCUACAGCGCUCCACGGCCACGCUUGCGCCGGGCUCGAGCAGAACAUUUACGUGUCGGGUGGUCUCUCGGACAACGGCGGUGUCGACUUGAUCCUAGGCCAGAGCCGAUGUAGAAAGGAGGUUCUGUGUUGGGAUGACACGGGCAGACUCUGGAAAAAAGCGGCACCCAUGUACGUCGGGAGGUUCGGACAUCGCCUGACGAGUGUCAACGGUCACAUUUACGCCCUUCUCGGAAUGUACGAGACCUAUUGCGAGAUCGAGCGCUAUGACCCAAGAAGAGAUCAUUGGACGCGCCUUCGGCCGCCGCUCACCGCUUCGUUUGGCUACGGAAUGGCGGUAGCACCGAACGGGAAGAUCUUGGUGUUCGGCGGGAGGAAAUGGAGCAAUGGGCAGGAGGUGGUGCUGAAGAGCGUGCUGGAGUACGACCCUAAGAAAGACCACUGGAGGGAGAUCUGUCAGCUUCCGAGACCCCUCACGGGAACCGAGUGCACGUUACUACCCGUGCCUGACUAAAGCCCAAAACAGGUAGCUCGCUCGCAUUUCACGUACAUUUUGCCGCUAAGAUUAGGAGCUAGCUAGCUAACUAAGCCCCAGUUGGUUUGUUGUCUCGGUCUUGAGUGAGGAUAUUGUAGUUGGGCAUAAACUGUCCAAAUGUACCCUCUUUUAGCCUGAUUUAGCCAAGGCUUGUCACACAUAGCAACAAUUGAGUUGAAUUUAACCAUUUUAUCCCCUUUCGUUUAAAGUCAGCAAAGGCCCGGUCAACAAAUGCCUCGAAAAGACAAUCCUCCUCGAUUGUCCUCUGGAGUGAGAGGUAGUAAGAGAGAAUUUUCCUCCCCUAUGUGCUCAGUAUCCAGGAUGGCAAAUUCUUAUGUGUCAACAACACGGUGGGCCAACACUUGAUUGGGAAAUGAAACAGGAUGACACCCAAUCGGGAAGCAACCUGAAGCUUGUGCUAAUCCAGACACAAGUAGACUGGUUGUUUUGAGCGCCCGACUUAAUCGAGGUUCCUAUCUUCAGACAACGUCUCGGAGAUUUGACUUCCAACUGGAUUAUCCACAUUGAAAGUGCAAAACGUGGAUUGUUUUCUCAGUUGACAAACAGCUUGAAAUGUGCACUACCGCCAUCCACAGGACGGGGGUGGAACAGUGCAAACCCAAAAGCACAGGCUUGACUUUCCAUCGCAGCUGUAGUCUCGAAUUUCAAAUGCAACAUAUCCAAAAUCCAGCAGAUACAAGGAGAGAACAUAUCUUUUACUUUCAUUGCGACCUCUGGCAGCUGGUUUGUGUCGCAGUGCGGUUCAAGCGAGGUUAUCCGGGAUUUGCAAGCAUGUCAUCGUGCAUUUUUAGUUGCCCUCGGAGUACUAAAGUCAAUACCUUUCUGCAAAAACUGUGCAAAUAAAUAUGUGCAAAUAUGAA